AUGUCGUCUACUACUGAACUCACAGCCGCCCUCUCAUCUCUAGAAAAGAUAGCUUGGGUACGCCUCAGCGAUGACACAGCCAGAUUCACCGUCAUCCCCGACAUGGGAUCUCAAGUCUGGGCCUCACUAGCAAUGGACCUCAUCUUCGAAAACCACCACAUUCAAUCCGCAGAAUCUCACAACACAAUCAACCUCGAACUGCCCCUCCAGCCGCUCCAGCGGGCCCUCAAGUCGGCCCUCAACAGCAUCUCCGCGUCCCUCCGGCUCACCAAGAAGGACGGCCUGCCCAUCCUCUCCAUGACCAUCACAACCACCACGUCCAACGCAUCCACAGCCGCCGCAAAGCUGUCCUCCGAGGACCCCUUUGGUGACGACGUCUUUGAGCAAGAACACCUCGAGACAUCCCUGCGCAGAGCUCACGAGAAAAUCAUUACGCAAGAUAUCCCCGUUCGCGUGCUGCACCCUGAGACCGUGGAGACAAUUAUGCAACCCAAGGUUCGGGAGCCAGAUGUUCACAUUCAGUUGCCGCCGUUGCUGCAACUGAAGGCCAUUUCGGACCGUUUCACAAAGUUGGCUCUCACAGGGGCGAAUCCGUCCAAGGCGCCAAAGCUGGAACUCAGUGCCAAUAUGCACGGUAGUCUACGGUUACGAAUAGCUACUGAGACGACGGACAUCUGUAGUGUUUGGUCGGACCUUGAGAACCCGGAGCUGGACCCUGCGCAGCUGGAACGACCAGUUGAGGAGCAUCCUAGUACCAAGUUUCGGGAAGAGGGCCCUGAUCGAUGGGCUACGGUGCGUGUGGAUGGCAAGGACUGGAGUAGAGUGUUGAGCGUGGGUCGCUUGGAGGGUCGCGUUAUUGCGUGCUUUGCAGAUGAUCAUGCUUUGAUUCUGUAUGUCUACGUACCGCAUUAUGACGAUGCAACUACCGACGACUCUGUUGUUACCUACUAUGUACAAUCGUACAGCAGAUGA